AUGGUCAGUACAUUUGCGGCAAUCAUAACCUGCUUAAUUUUGAUACCCACCAUACCAUUGGUAUUAUAUGCCAUUGGUCGUCUACUGCCUGAGAGCCAUAUCGUCUCACGCUCUUUCAAAUACAAUACAACUGCUGGAAUCUUGUGGACCAUUUUGACAAGUAUAGAAGAUUACCCAGCCUGGCGGUCAAAUAUUAGCAAAAUAGUUGUAAGACAAGAUGAUUAUGAAAAUGAUAUCAAUAAGUAUGAGGACGAACGCCGCGUAACAUUCACAGAAUAUACACGGAAAAACAAGCGCACCACUGUGAUUAACAUUGAACAAGAACCCGGAAGAAAGUUGUUGAGAGUUGUGGAAGAGCGACCGUAUAUUAUGCCAGGUGAAACUGAAUCAACUAGUAAAGCAAAUACAACGUUUAGCGGUUCAUGGACAUUCGUUCUUAAGCCUGUGGAAGAAGAAGAAAGAGCUGUAGUUUUGAAGAUUACAGAACAAGGUGUUAUCAAACAACCAAUGGUUCGUACUUUCAAUAUGUUAUUUGGGAAUUAUCGGCGCAUUGAACGCUUCCUGAAGGAUUUGAAUAAGGAAGUUGCCUUGGGUAUUCUUGAUGAGGCCUUACGAAAGGAGGAGGCUGAAGAGGCGGAAAUGGCAAAGAAUAGCGAGGAAAUACAACGACAGGAACUCAGUGCCUCAAUAGCUGAAUCAAAAUUACUGGACAAAGAAUGGGAUAUGAUGAAUGAAGUGUGUGACGAGGAGUCACAUAAUGGAAAUUUUGAAUGA